ACUAAAAAAUGGAGCUCAUCAAGAAAUAGCUUUUUAAUUUAUAAAUAAAAGUAACAAGUGUCAAAACACGGGCGCUCCCAAAAGACCCAAUAUCCAAAAGAAGCAGAAUAAUUAAUUUUAAUUACUAACAAAUAUAAUAUUCUGUGAUAAGUAAUUUGGAAUAUGAUCUAAUUAAAUUUGUUAAAAGUAGCAAGUGAAAGGUGAUAGAAGUUUUUGACAGUGUAUUGUACUGUAAACUCAGUUAUUGUACACAAUAUUAUAUUGAGUGUAAAUAUGUACUUACUAUAAACUUAUUUAAAACAUACGGUUUGUCAAAUUUAAAUUAAGUGGGAUGAAAUGGAAUAUCGCUGCUAGAACAUGGAAAAACAUUUAGAACAAGACCCGUUAAUUCCAGUGUCUUCAGAUGAAUGUGGCCAGAGCGGAGGAGAGGUGGAUAGUGACGAGGACGUCAUCACCGAUUACCAUAUACCGGUGUUGGAUAUGCUGCCUCGACCUGGGGCCGGUGGGCCUCUUCCUACCAUCAGCGUGACGCCUCAUUCACCCGCCAACAAAACUUAUCCGGUGUUGGAGGACAGCUUGCAACAAGUUCGUGAAUUACACGAAAGCGUACAGCACAUGCGCAAUGUCUCCGUACAAAGUUCGUAUGGACCUAACUCGAGAGACUUUGCUGCGUUUGCUCUAAAUCCAUUUUUGGCUCAAGUUGCGAGAUUGAGUGCAAGUUGUCCGGCUCUUAACGAAGCAAUCUCAGAAGUAGACGUUAUUGGCGGUUCAUUGGGGUCUUCUCCUUUACAUCUACCUCCAAGUAGAAAAGGAAGCGCUGCUCAAGAUUGGUUAUGUCAACCAGAACCUCAGAGAAGACGAUCAUGGACGGCCCUAGAAGAUUUAACUGGAAACAAAGACAAAGUCAAGCAGACCCGUCAGAGAAGUAUAUCUUUGAGCAGUAUGGAAUCCGAAGUAGACGAAUCAUCACUGAUAGAUAAUGUGGAUGGCAGUACAGUGAGAUUACUAUUAGGACCAGAAGCGCCGGUCGUGGUCAGGCAUCGAACUUCAAGAGCUACUAACGGCGGAGCUAGUACUCAUUCGUUGAACGAAGCCGAUCUUCAGAGUGAUUUUAAUAAACUGAAAGCUAAAAGAGAAGCUGAACAACGCCUUCUACCGGCUAGAUUACCAUUACAAAAAUCUAUUUCAACGCCAUCUAUUAUCGCUGUAAGAGAUUUAGCGCCAGAACCUGCCCUAGCAGGCGCUCAACCCACUUUACCGAUCUUGAACAGUGUAGUGCAUGUGCUUAGCUUGGUGUCUAGGGGCCGACCCAGUGGAACUGAGAGCGAAACAGAAGAAGAAGGUAGCCGAUUAGGACAUGCCCACUAUGAUCCUCACACGAUUGCACUUUUGCACCACGCUCCUUAUGAAUUACAUGCUGAAAAAAGAAGAAAGCGGGGAAGUUUAUUUUUCAGAAAAAAGAAGGACAAGUCCAAGAAACUGGCACAUCAAUGGGUGACUGGAUGUUUCGGCAAUUCGCAAAUAUGUGACGUUUGCACUAAAUUAUUAAGCAAUAAGCCCGCCCUCUACUGUGAAAGCUGUGGUACUACAGUGCAUCAGAAUACAUGUAAGGACAAUAUUCAAGAAUGUGUUAAGAUAAAAAACGCAAAGAGUACAAGUAAGUUGUCAGGAUUCGCUGCACCGUUGACGAAUGCGAAAAAUUCAAUAUCCAAACGUGGAUCCGCCUCAAUACCUGGUUCUCAAAAUACUCCCGCUAGGAGGAGCCAACUAUGCUAUUCGCCGUGGCGCAGGGUCGCAACUAAACUGGGAGUAAAUCAAAUACUUUACGAUGAUAAGGAUAACAGUUCGCAUGGACAACAUGAUUCCGCCAGUUACCCCGAUGAUGUUCCAAUAGUACCUUUGGAGUUCCUGUCUGAUUCACCAUUAACUGCUGCUGAUUUAUGUUCGGAUUACAGUUUGGGAUUACAUGAACCAGAACCGGAUUCGUGGUCACCUUACGUUGGCAAAGAUAUAUCCAGGAAAUUGAAAGAAAAAGAAGUCAAACGUCAAGAACAUAUUUACGAAUUCAUAUUAACUGAAAAGCAUCACUGUAUGACACUGUUAGUGAUGCAGAAAAUCUUCGUCGAAGGAUUACAUAAAUAUUUUCAAUUGGGACCGAAUUUGGAAAGAAUGUUCCCGAGGCUAAUUGAUUUGACUGAAUUACAUUUAGGAUUCUUAGCGAGACUAAGACAGAGACAACGAGAAUGUCCCGUCGUUUCUUCCAUUGCUGAUAUUUUAUUGGAAACGUUUUCUAAUAAUCACGCUGCAAAAUUGAAAUCAGCCUAUGGUGAAUUUUGCAGUCGGCAUAGGGAUGCAGUGGAGAUCUACAAGUAUUACAUGCAAAACGAUCAGAGGUUCGGAGAAUUCGUGAGACACUGUCAAACAAAUCCUCUUUUGAAGAAGAAGGGAAUCCCGGAAUGUAUAUUAUUCGUGACACAACGUUUAACCAAAUAUCCUCUCUUAAUAGAACCGCUGAUAAAAACCAGCAAAGAAAAUAAACCGGAACAAGAAUCUCUACAGAAAGCUUUGGCUUUAGUCAAAGAAAUUUUAGUCGAAGUCGACGCUCAAGUAGCCGAAAAAGAAAAAGAAGAUCGGAAAUUAGAAAUUUAUAAUAGGAUAGACGCCAAAUCUAAUACAGUAUACAGAGGACAAAAGUUUAAAAAAUCUGAUAUUUUACAAGGAAAUAGGUCUCUUAAGUUCGAAGGUGUAGCAAUGUUGAUGCAAGGCAGAGGAAAGAUGCAAGUUGUUUUGGUUAUCGUUCUUUCUGACGUUUUAUUUUUCUUGCAAGAAAACUCGCAUAAAUAUACGUUUUUUACUCCAGUAAGUAAAACUGGUGUGGUGUCGUUGCAAAAAUUAUUAGUGAGAGAAAUCGCCGGACAAGAUUCAAGAGGUAUAUAUUUAAUUUCUUCUGAUCCGGCUGAUCCAGAAAUGUUUGAACUCAAAGUACACAAACCGAAAGACAAACAAGUGUGGAUACAAGCUAUAAGGGAGGCAGUACAGUCGUGUCCUGAAGAUGAGGAAGAUAUGAUAGCUUUGAGCACGGAAGAAAAACAAACUCUUAUGAAUGCCAAACAAAAUCAAGUGCGUCAAUUAAUCGAAGCAGAAUCGGACCUGGAAGGCCAACUGCGACAGAAGGAUAUAGAACAAGCAUUAUUACUGGAAGAAAAGAUGUCCCUUCAGUUGAAACUUUUGGCAGCUGCAGGAUUAGAACCACCCUCACCUCCUUCAUACCGACAUCUUGUGAGCGAAAAUGCUGAUACUGGUCAAAUGUGGAAGGAAGUUUUAAUGGCAGUACAAGAAGUGAGUCAGUUAGCGAGCUCAUUAUAUACGACAGGUACCAAUCUUUCGAGAAGUGUUAGCUCAGCUGGCGAACACCAAAGUGAAACUUACGUCUCUCCCAUACUGCCGAAAAGAGCAGAAACCUUCGGUGGCUUCGAUAACAACCAGGGUCCUUUUAAACUAUUAGGAAAGAAACUUUCAACUUCCGGAACACCGGCCGGUACUCCGGACUUUGAAAAUUUAAAACCUGGUGACUCAAAACUAUUUGAACGGUUGCCUUAUAGAAAUUGUGUGAUAACAGGAGGGCCUUUAAUUAAUGGCAAUAUUAUAAAUGUAAAUAGUGAAUCUCCUCAUCUAUCUCAACAUCCGGCGUCAGCUCCUGAUGGUCCUGCCUUAUUAUCGCUCGGAAGAGAACAACAGUUAGCAGCUAUUCAACUAUCACAUUACGUAUACACUUUACUUUGUAUUAUAUCUCAGUUAAUGACUACGAACGAAAGUUUGCAAGCUCAAGUAGCGACGUUGAAAGGCGGUGCCGAUUCAAAGCAAUAUAGACACAACCAGCAAUUGGAAGAGUUGAGAAAUCUUCAAGAUAAAUUGAGUGGGGAAAAGGCUGCGUGGAACGCCUUGAAAGAACAAGAAACCAAAGAAUUGGAAGAGAAGAAAGCAGAACUACAAAGAUUGCAGGAACAAAUUCGUGCCGAACAAGACGACGUCGCUCAACAAAGAGAACAGUUAUUCAGAAAAAUGGAGAUGUUAACUAACAAAGGUUUAUUGGUAAACGUACCAAUACCUCCCCCGGGUAUUGCCGACGAUAGUAGCAAAGAAACUUCUGAAGAUAGUAGUCCUCAAUCGGAUUCUUCUUCUGCAACCAGCGCUUCUGGAGGUGGUAGCAGUUUAACGCAUUCAAGUUCUUCCGUAGAUAGACGAAAAGAUUCCAAAUGGACUAAAGGAAAUUCACAAAUAAAACCGCAACUUCCUCUAAAUCUGAUAUCUGCUACGAAUCAACAAAAGGUGUCACAGAACGUGCAUAUAAAACAACAAAUUCCUUUGAAGUUGGCUUCGAAGUUAAGCGGAGAUUUUUCCAAAUCGAGUUUGGGUAGUGUGCAACAGAUGUUACCUUUGAAAUUGAGCCAGGAUGAAAAAGUACGAAGAACCAGCACAUCUGGAUAUCAACGAUUAGGCUCAGAUAACAGUUUCAGUCCCCCAUCGGGGGAAACGACUCCAACUGGAACCCAACACGUUCAUAGUAGAACGGGUUCGAGUCCUGCAAUGAUGCAGGCUUCGCCGCCGAAUUCAACACCUUCGAGUCAGUGUCAAAGUCCAGGAGGUGCCAAAGCGACUCGCACACACACUUAUCCCAAACUUCCGGAUAAGUUCAAAGUUAGAAACGAUCAGCAACCGCCCACCGAUGAAGAGGUGAUAUAUUUCUGACGACUCUCCAGCAGAACAAAACAUUUUUUUUGUACCCUCAUUAAUACGAAAGUAUAGGAACUCGUUAUUAUUGUGGUUUUCUGUAUCGUUUUUAUUCUUUAUAUAUUUUACUAGAAACUUAUAUCCCAGUGUCGAAUGUAUUAACAUUGUUGAAUCACUGUUUGUCAAUUUUUAGUUUCAAUUUGCUCUGAUAUAAACUCCUAGACAAAAUUAACCCACCACUUCAAUUAACCUAAAUAUUAAACACUACGUUACAUUGAAAUGAUAAUGAACACCUGCAAAUUAGUCGAAUAUGACCUUAACAUAACCUUAAUUUGCAUUAUUUUCUCCAUAAAAGUUUGUUUUUGCUAGAAAACCACAAAUACCUCCAAAUUGAAAAAAAAUUAGUAAACGAGAAUUAAUGCAUAUGGGCCAACCCCUAAUACAGUGUAGGUCCUCUUCUUCUUCUUAUAACUGCAUUGAUGCAUCAUGACGUGCUUGAUAUCAUCUUUUUGAGAUAGUCCACUUAAGGACGAGCGUUAUGUUCAACAAACGGAGCAUUAUAUGUUUGACAAUAAUGUUGUCUAAGUAAUAUUGGGCAUUCAUAGACCUUGUACGUAUAGGGACCAAUUCCAUACGAGCAUAGAAGUAAAUUCCUCCACAAAACAUUUUAGACCCACCACCAAAUGGCAUUUAAACAGAGAUAUUACAGCUGGCAAACCUUUCUCCUUGCUUUCGCCAGACACGCUCACGUCCAUCUGGAGCUUUAAGGCUAACUUUAGGUUCAUAGGACAACAGAACCCGUUUCCAAUCAUUGAGGGUCCAAUUCUGAUGUAGUCUUGCAAAAUUUAAUCUCAGAAAUUCGUGUUCUCUGGUAAGCAAGUGUUUUUUGGUUGGUAUUCCGUGGCUUCAUGUAAACAUUUUCUAACCGUUCGAGACGAUGUAUCGAUAAUUAAUUUAUUAGCAGAUUGCUGGUGAGUCUCCUGCUUCUGAGAGCACGUUGUCUCAAAAAACGAUCAACAAUUUGCAACGUUUACGUUCUUUUCCUGGUCCAGCAACAUAUCGCAUUGAAUAUCCUUCAUUCAGGAGAGUCGAUGCUCGCACUCCCUCCUCCAUUGGCAAAUAUCUUUGGUAGUUGUUUUUUACUUGAUAUUCUCCCAAAUGAACUUACAAACAUGCAUGUAAUAAAAACAAUUAUAAUCAACAACUGGUUUCUAAAAGAAACAUUGCUUCAAUCAGCAAUUUUUCAGAAAAUGUUAACACAGUUUUAGUCUAAAACAAGUUGGAAUUUCUGGAACUGUUGGUGAAAUUCAUGCUGAACACACUGUUUAUACUACCAAUACACCAAACUCACAGUUACAUUGUUAACCUUCAGUUCCCUGAAGACGAUAACUUGGUUAUCGAAACGCGCGCUAGACAGUGUAAUUGUGAGUGUUGGUGUAAACAUUGUGUUCACUAAAUCUUAAACGAGAUUCCAUGGUCCAGGAUUCCAGUAGUCCAUGGCCUACUUGUCGUACAGUAAGUUAUCAAUAAAUGAAUAGUAUCGAGAAAAACAUAAGUGGUGCGUUAUGAGUUUAUCUUAGUUUAAAUGACAACCGGAUGUAGGUUUCUAUGUGAAUAUAUCAAUUCAAAUUUCUUGUAUUACUUAUAUUUUAUUUAUUUAGUUUAAGGUUUUAAUAAUAUUUUAAUACAGAUCUGAACUUACUUUUUACUAUUCUCUUGUCUUUCGUAUAGUAGAUAUCUACUUUUUAUUUUCCAAAAUAGAUUUACGCAAUUUGAUAUGAAGAUUGAAGGUAUUUGAGUCAAUGUAGUAUGCGCAAACAUUAUUACAACCGAUUUGUCCGAAAUAAGAAUUUUUAUAAAAAAAAAAAACUAUAAUACACACUAUUACACAAAACACACAAUUAACACUUUUUGGUCCUUCGAGUCCCAUACGAAUCAGUGGAAGACUCGAAAGACCAGAUAAUGUAAUUGUAGUGGUAGUAUACAACUUAAUACCAACUUAAAAACUCAAUUGACUUAAUUACCUCGAGUAAACGUAAAUCUCGUUACCGUAUACUUGCGUUUGUCUUCCUCGAAAUUCCGUUCGAAUCAGUAUUUUUGGAUAUACUCAAAUCUUGUGACAAUACAAUAUUCUAGGAUAUGAUUUCUCUCGUUUUAAAUUUUAGAUGAUUAGUAACUUUUAAAACUGAUAUUGUGAAUAUAGUACAGAUC